AUGGCAUUCAACGCAAAAUAGAGCACCGUAGAAUAAAAGUAUAAUACUUCAUCUGAUGAAUCAAAGGAAAGUAAACAAAUAAGUCUCAAUACAGAUACAACUAUUGAGCUUAGUGCCAUCCCUUAAAAAUAUGCACCCAUAUAUUAAGGUUCUAACUAGCAUGCAAUUCCAGUUAAUGUAGAAUUAAUAUUACCCAUGAAAGCUCCUAUAUGA